UUGUAAAGCCACAACUCAAUCUUUUGGAUAUUCUCUAUAUGUUUCCAUCGUGCCGGCCACCUUUUAUUCGCCUAUUAGAAAUUUUACCACGUCUCCAGCCGCGUUCGUAUACACUCAUUAAUUUAUAUGAUGAUCAAGCAUUAUCCGACGACGAACAAGAUUUAACGUUCAUUUUCACCAGAGUAGACUUUGAAUAUCAUAACAACAACAACAACGAUUCUGCUGUAAGCAGAUUGCGUUACCCGCAUAGACAUCAUGGCACGUGUAGUGGUUGGUUAGAAAGACAAUGGCUGAAUGUCAGUCGACCUAUUGGUGAAAAUACUUCCACACGCAUAGUAGUAGAUAUACCGAUUAUCCACAUAUAUUUACGUCAAAAUUUAACACAAUUUUAUCUACCUGAGGAGGCUGCCCAACGACCAGUGAUUAUGAUUGGUGCUGGCAGUGGAAUAGCACCGUUCAUCAGCUUUAUAAGACAACGUAAACGUGACUGCUGUAAGACGGGAUCGUCAACCAAUAACUUAUGUUGGUGGUUAAUCUAUGGAUGUCGUUCUCCAACAACUAGUCUUCUUUUCAAAGAAGAAUUAUCAGAUGCUGUCAAUACUAAGCUGUUAAAACAUUUAUGCCUUUGUUUCUCCAGAGAUACUGUCAAUUCAGUAGAUGACAAAUAUACCCUUGCCGACCUGCCAUCAGUAUUACGCGAACAAGCUUGUUUCCCGCUAAAAUCACAUUAUGUUCAAGAGUGUAUCCACCAUACUGACUCGGCUAGCAAUACUACUCCAUCUGAGCAUGAUAUUGAACUAAUGCAUCUUGUUUAUGAUCGAAACGCAAAGAUAAUGGUUUGUGGUGAUGCACGUGGUUUAGCCACCGGGGUUUUCCAAGCUUGGAUCAAGUUAUUAGCUAUGAAACUUCACUGGGUACAAACAAGUAAUUGGUGUACAUAUACAGAGUUAACUAGUGAAGAAUUGAAAAACGCUCAGAUGUAUCUACAAGAAAUGCGUAAAUCUAAACGCUAUCAAGAAGAUGUCUGGUUGUGAAGAAGACGUCAUAUAAUUAAUGCUGAUGGUUACUUUGUUACUCUGUACAAAUGAAAGCAUAGCUACUAAUAUUAUUAUUUUUUAAAGAUUGC